GUGCCUCGCUGGGUGCUAAAUCGUGGCUUAAAGUUUCAGUGACAAGUACAGGCCGCCCUUUGUGGAUAGUUUCGGUGUUUAGUUUUGGCUGGGAUGAUGGAGGGGAAAGUGAUAAUAUUUGACUUUGAUCGGACAAUAAUCUCGGACGAUAGUGACAGAUGGGUCAUUGUUCAAAUGGGUCUUACCGAUCUCUUCAAUCACCUCCGGCUCACACUUCCUUGGAACGAACUCAUGAACAGAAUGUUGGAAGAGCUGCACUCAAAUGGCAAAACUGUUGAAGAUAUAGUGCAGUGUUUGAAACAGGUUCCGGUUCAUCCAAGGAUUGUUGCAGCCAUUAGAUCUGUCCAUGCUCUUGGAUGUGAUAUGAAGGUAUUGAGUGAUGCAAACCAGUUUUACAUUGAGACAAUCUUGAAGCAUCAUGGAGUGCUUGACCUUUUUUCAGAGAUCAUCACGAAUCCGACCUUUGUUGAUGAAAAUGGGAGGCUUGGGAUCACUCCAUAUAAUGAUUCCUCAAAUCCUCACAGUUGUAAUCUUUGCCCUCCCAACUUGUGCAAGGGUCUUGUGAUGGAGCAGAUCCAAGCUUCUUGUUCCAGCAAGGGGAAAUAUAUGUUUAUCUACCUUGGAGAUGGGAAAGGUGAUUACUGCCCAACUUUGAAGCUUGGAGAAGGAGACCAUGUGAUGCCAAGAAAGAAUUUUCCAUUGUCUAAACUCAUCUGCGACAAUUCAACCCUUGUCAAAGCCGAAAUUCAUGAAUGGGAUGAUGGAGAGGAACUUGAAGCAAUCCUACUCAGGCUUAUUGAAGCUGAAACUAGCAUCACAACUCCAAGUAGCAGAAGUAGCCAUCUUUCUAGGUCAUCUGAUUGAAAACAUUAGGCUAUUUCAGUGACAUUGCAAUACUUAUUGUCGGGGGAUGAUUUGUCAAGAUUUAAGAACAAGUACAACCGGACAAGCUAUAAAUUCAAAGGCUCGUCCCAUUGAUUCAAAGUACAACCGGACAAAUCAUAGUGACUUAGUAUUGCAAUAUCACAAUUACACUGUGUUACAAUUUGAUUGAGUGCAUUGUGAUUUGAAUUUUAAGACGUGAAACAUAGUGACUUAGUUUAAUAAAUAUCAACCAUUUUUUUUUC